CGAUCGUACUUGCAACUGCUACAUCAUCAUGCCGCCUCUCCUCAUUUUGUUCACUUCACUCUUCUACCUAAGUAUCCCUCCAAGGUGUGUUGGGAUGGACACCAUCAUACCCGGCCAAGCACUUGCCGCAAGUGACAAGCUCAUCUCCAAGAAUGGCAGGGAUAGCCCCUUCAACAGCACCAACUCGUUAGAGCUCACAAUCUCCCACAACGGCAACCUUGUUGUCUUAAACCAGUCUACUGAAUCCAUAAUCUGGUCUACCCAAGCAAAUGCCACUAGAGAUAGCACCCUUGCUAUUCUCUCGAGUACUGGAAAUCUUAUAUUGAGGGACUCUUCAAACUCAUCAAAGGUAUUCUGGCAAAGCUUUGACCACCCAACUGAUACACUUCUACCUGGGGCAAAGAUUGGAUGGAACAAGAUCACAGGCCUCAAGUGCCGUCUUGUUUCUUCGAAAAACUCUAUCAACCCAGCUACCGGUCUGUACUGUUUUGAUUUAGACCCAAGUGGUGUUAAUCAGAUCUUGAUUACACCAUUGAACUCCUCUGUACCAUACUGGUCGAGUGGUGUAUGGAAUGGCAAAUACUUUUCCUCACCUGAAACUCCUGGGUAUGUAGGCCCCAUCAACAAUGAUUUGAAUGACGUGACUAUGGUCGACAAUGAUCAGGAGAAGUACUUUGCAAUUAACAUAGCAGAUGAGCAUGUUGUUUUUCGUCUUGUGAUAGACGCUUCUGGUCAAGCAAAGGAGUUUGUCUGGUUUGAGGGAUCACAAGACUGGGCAAUGGCCUAUGCCCAACCAAAAGCGGAGUGUGAUGUCUAUGGUGCUUGUGGACCUUUCACUAUAUGCAACGAUGACGUGCUUCCACACUGCAGUUGUAUGGAUGGGUUCACUGUAACAUCUCCUCAGGAAUGGGAGCUAGAUGACCGAAGUGGUGGGUGCUUGAGAAAAAAUCCGUUAGAGUGCAUUAGCAACAAAAGCACAAAACUUUCAACAGACAAAUUCUACACACUGCCAUGUGUUCGACCACCCAGGAAUGCCCAAAAAGUAGAAGAUUCAACAAGCAUAAGAAACUGUGCACAGUUUUGCCUGAAUAAUUGCUCUUGCACUGCAUAUUCCUUCAGCAAUGGAGAAUGCUCUAUCUGGCAUAAUGGGUUACUCGACAUAAGGCAACUACAAUGUAAUAGCAUGAACAGUUUGGAUGUAGAAACUUUAUACAUUCGCGUUUCUACUAAAGAUCUUCAGAGUUUGAAAAGCAAUAGAGUACGGAUUGUUAUUGGAGUUGUUAUUGCUAUAUGUAUUUCUUCUGCACUCAUCAUUCUCCUAAUUAUUUGGAGCAACAAAAGGAAGGGCUUUCCUCGCAUAUUAAAUGGUGCUCAAGGUACUAAUGGAAUCAUUGCAUUUAGAUACACCGAUUUACAAAAGGCAACAAAAAACUUCAAACAUAGGUUGGGGGAAGGCAGUUUUGGUUCUGUGUUCAAGGGGUUUCUAAACGACUCAAUUGCCAUAGCAGUGAAGAGGCUUGAUCGUGCUUUUCAAGGAGAGAAGCAAUUCAGAGCUGAAGUAAGCUCCAUUGGGGCUGUCCAGCACGUCAAUUUAGUUAAGCUAGUUGGUUUCUGUUGUGAUGGUUCUAAGAGGUUGCUCGUUUACGACUACAUGUCAAAUUGUUCUCUUGAUAUUCUUUUGUUUCGAGAGAAUUCUAUGGUAUUGACUUGGGAUACUAGAUAUCAGAUAGCUGUAGGAGUUGCUAGAGGGUUAGCUUAUUUGCAUGAGAGCUGUCGACACUGCAUUAUACAUUGCGAUAUCAAGCCUGAAAACAUACUCCUUGAUGGUUCAUUUGUCCCAAAAAUUGCAGAUUUUGGGAUGGCGAAAAUCAUGGGAAGGGAUUUUAGCCGAGCGUUGACGACAAUGAGAGGAACUUUUGGGUACUUGGCACCUGAAUGGAUCACAGGCACUCCUAUAACACCAAAAGUCGAUGUUUACAGCUAUGGUAUGGUGUUACUAGAAAUAAUAUCUGGAAGGAGGAACUCACAAACACCAUGUUUUACUGGGGAAGAUCAUGAUGUUUAUUUCCCGGUGUAUGUAGCACAUAAGCUUGUUGAAGGAGAUGUUGGGAGCUUGGCAGACCAUAUGUUACAUGGUGAUAUCAAUCUUGAUGAGGUCGAAAGAGCAUGCAAAGUUGCAUGUUGGUGCAUCCAAGAUAAUGAAUUUGAUCGCCCAACAAUGGGAGAGGUUGUUCAAAUUCUCGAAGGCCUAGUUGAACUCACCAUGCCUCCCAUGCCAAGAUUGCUUCAAGCUAUUGCCAACACGUCACAUUCGACUUCCUCCUGAUCAUAUAUAUUAUAUAAAGUUGUAUGAUUUCAAUGAUGGUUAGUCCAUAUCAUAUAUUUAUAGUCCAUAUUUCAUUUCAGUGCAUAUAUAUCAUAGUCGUAUUCCCUAUAUAAAGUGCAGCCAGACCUAUGAGCCCUAUGAAGCUUCAUCUGUCAAACUGCGAAACAUCAAAAUAGUGCCACUAGCUAGUGUCCCAGCAUACAAUAGCUCACAUGAGAAUAUCUCACACGCCAGGCUAAUGCUCAGUACAAUAGCUCACAUUCCAUCACAGGAAGCAGAGUGCACACCACUCGACCAAGUGUGGGGCGCCAUUCUCAAAGGCUUGUUUAAGGAGGAAUCUCUAACAAUUG